GUCUGCGUCUUAACCUAACCCUAACCUGUUUUUAUGUAUGAACCUAACCAAAUAUACCGAUGAAAACAUUGUGACUGGUGCAAACAGGAAAAAGCCAUGGAUAAAUCCAUCGAGAACGAAUUACAAAUCAGGCUGAUCACCAAACAGGACAUCUAUGCAGUCCCCGAUGACCCGAUCACUGUGCAGGCCUCUGUUGACUGCAAAGAACUGAACGAGCUGUUGAACCAGCUCCUGAAGGCAUCCAAUCCAGACUUCCUGAAACCCAAAGAGUUCGACUUUCUGGCCUUCGGCCAACUGAUCAGGCUCCCUUUAACUGCACACCUGCAAGAACACGCUGGCUCUGACGAAAGCACUGUGGAUGUGGAGUAUAUCGAAAGAACGCCAGCUCCGGAGCCCCAAGAUACCAUUUUGCAUGACGAUUGGGUGGCUUCGGUGCAAAGCACCGAUAAAUGGAUCUUAACUGGGUGCUACGACAAUUCAGUGAACAUUUGGACGCAUCACGGGAAGCCUGUGGCUUCAGUCAAAGAGCACACGGAGAUUGUUAAGGGCGCCACGUGGGUGGACCGAGCUGAUCCUUCAAAAGGAUUCAUUUCAGUGUCGCACGACCAGACGGCGAUUAUCUGGAGUUGGGAGGAAGGCACUGACAAAUUAUGCCCCAACAUUACAUUGAGAGGCCACGAAAGAGGCAUCGACAGUGUGGAUGUGAGCAAAAACUCUCAUCUACUAGCCACGGGAGGCUGGGACACUAAUUUGAAAAUCUGGUCGGCUUCAUUGGAUGUGGACGACUCAGGGGAGCCAACCAGCAAAAGAAGCAAAGGAACCAACAGAAACUCCAGCGUGCGAACCCCCUUACACACCCUGAAAGGGCACAAAGAGAGCAUAUCGUCGAUAAAUUGGGUGGACAGUCACACGGUUUGCACAGCUUCAAUGGACCAUACGAUUAAGUUCUGGGAUUGCCAACUAUAUGGAAUUUCCAAUGAAAUAGUGGAUCAGAAGGCCUUUCUGAGCUCUUCGUGGUCGCCGCUCAGCAACACUCUCCUUGCCACUUCAGCAGACAGAUUCAUUCGCCUCUACGAUCCGCGGUCUACUGAAGGAACCGUCUGCAAGUCCAAAUUCACGUCGCAUCAACUUUGGGUGAGCAGCGUGGCCUGGUCGAAAUACGAUGAACACUUGUUCCUCUCAGGCAGCUACGAUGCAACAGUCAAAAUGUGGGACACUCGAAGCGCAAAAGCGCCCCUGUAUAAUCUGCAGGGCCACGAGGGCCAGAUACUGGCAGUGGAUUGGUCGAAUGAUAAAUACCUGGUGUCAGGAGGCACCGAUAACAGUGUUCAUAUAUUCAAAAAUAGACAUCCCAAGUAAUGUGAUUGGCUACUGAAUAGCCAACUAAUAAAAGUGAACGACAAUA